AUGGUAAGAGAAGCUAAUAAAGAAGAAGCUCAACUUUGUUUACAAAAAGCUAAAAUUGCUUUACGAGAUAAAGAUUUUGAAAAAUUGAAACGUCUUUUAACAAAAGCAAAAAGAUUGGAUCCUGAUUGUGACAUUUCAGGUUUUCCAACAGAUUUUUCUUCCGAUGACAAAACUUCUUCUUCAGAACCUUCUGAAACAACAAAUACUUAUUCUCAUCAUGAUCAUUAUGAAGAUACUACUAAUAAUGUUUACCAUCGUUCCACAAAUAGAUCAAAAAACCAUAGUAGUAAAUCUCCAAUAAGAAAUAGAAGUAAAUCAAGGCAAAAAGAAUAUACGGAUGACGAAUUUAGAGAAGUUGACAGAAUUCGUCAUUGCAAAGAUUAUUAUGAAGUACUCAAAGUUCCCAAAGAUGCUGAUUUAAAAUUGUUAAAGAAAAAUUAUAGAAUUUUAGCUUUGAAACUUCAUCCUGAUAAAUGCAGAGUACCAAAUGCAACAGAAGCUUUUAAAGCACUUGGAAAUGCGUAUGGUGUCUUGUCAGAUCCAGAUAAAAGAAAACGUUAUGAUAUGUAUGGUUCAGAGAAUAUGUCAAAUGUUACUCAUAGGGGUGAAAAUAAUUUCUAUGAUUAUGAUGUCGGACAUGGAUUUGAGACUGAAUUUACACCUGAAGAUAUAUUUAAUAUGUUUUUUAAAAGCGGUUUUGCUACACAGGACUAUCGUCGCAAUCAAACUUAUAACCGUCGUCAACAACAUUAUCAUCAUCCGGAAGAGUCUUUCUUUAACAGUAUAGUAAAUUUUGUGCCUUUGUUCUUACUUUUUGUAUUUGGAAUAUUGAUACAAUUUUAUAUGGAUCAAUCACCAUAUUCAUUGAUAAGAAGAGAACCAUAUGUUUAUGAACGUAUUACAAGAACACAUAAAAUUCCAUACUAUGUAAAAGAAGACUUUAUAUCACAGUACGGUACCAAAUUAGGACAAUUAGAAGCAAAUGUUGAAGCUGAAUUUAUUAAUGAUUUAAGAAUAAAAUGUUACAGAGAAAAUAAUGAAAAACAGCAUAUGAUUUGGCGUGCUAAUGCGUUACGUGAUGCGCAAUUAAAAACUCGCGCUGAAAAGUUAUAUAUGCCAAGUUGUCAGAGACUAAAUGAAAUAUAUUCAUAUUAG